AUGUAUGAAAAAUAUAGGCUUUGGCAAGCUGAAGAAUGGAUGUUUCCAAGUCCGCGAGCAAUCACCACUAUCAUCGAGCUGAAACUUGAGACUGCACUCUUUCUGCUUUGCAUCCAGGUGCAGUCCCAGUUUGCCGAAGCUGGCGGUAUCGUGCUUUCCUAUGAUGACCCGUUGAUUGAUCACAAUGAUCGGACCGGCUCUAGCUUCAAGAUCAAUGUGCAGGACUUCUCCAACUUGACAUUGAACCUUGGCCCCUACAUGUUCAAUCCCGUUUUUCUGGUGUGCUUCAACGCCACACAAGGAGUCAAUGUUAUCCCUUUCGGCGACCCCUUCUCUACAUUGGACGCAGUAGUGAGGGUCAACUCGAUUGGAUGGCAAGACAACCACGUGAGCAUUGAGAGCAUCGAGCUCAAUAUUGCCAGUCUUCUGCCGUAUGAACAAUCCCAUAUUGCUUUCCAGUGCAUUGGAAACUCGCUGUCUGCUGGCCAAUACCUUCUGUUGGGCGUCAACCAAGCCUGGUCAUCUGAUGUUACGCAAAUCUCACGGAAGAGAACAGACCCCUUGCAUAACUACACAACCCCCUGGAACUUCAAGCCAGACUACCCCGCUGUCACCUAUGUCGUAUGCAUAAUCGGUGCCAACGACAGCGGAAAUAACAUUACGGCGUCUGCGUUCUAUCAGGUUCUUACCCUUACCUUGUACCUACAUAAACUUACUGGAAAUAUCCGCAUUACUACCUACCCUGUGCAGCCCCUAUUUUUCAUUCUGCCGCCAUUAUCCCCUACUGUUCAGGGUCACCAGAAAGUAGCAGAGUGCUUCGAGAGUUCGCUCGAAGCAUGGGUAAUGGUGACUGAGGGCCGCUGA